GGAAAGAAGGAUAGAAGAAUUGGGUCAUUUUGACCCAAAGACGGCACAAGGGUUAAGGUCGGUAACCAGUAACAGAGUGGGUGGACGGGGGGAGGACGAGGUCCACCGGUGUGCUCGCUGGGCCGUAGUGGACGGGGCCAACGGACAGGAACCAGGAUGUGGACGUGGGGGCCGGGCCGGGCCGGGCCUCGGGAACCUGCUCAAGGGUCAUGAUGAAGUAGCUCUGCUGUGAGGCGGUGGACAUGUUCCCCUCUGACGGCGGCGUGUCUGUGCAGGAGGACGACGGGGUGGGACUGACCACCGCCCAGGCGCUGCUGAAGCUCAGGGACCAGCUCGGCGUCCUGCUGGACCAGCACCAGAGGACUGCACGCCGCAAGGCCUCCGCACAGGAGCGGUGGGCAAGCAGCUUCGUUCACCAUGGCAACCGCCACUCCUGUCUCCACUGGCCGGGAGCCGCCCUCACGCUGCUGGUGGUGCUGGGACUCCUCUGUUGCCAUGGCAGCCAGCCAGUGGGCAGCUCGGGGAUCGAGUUGUUGAACGCCGCCGCUCUGCUGCUCCUCUUCGUGCUCAACCUGCUGCUGGUCGGCCGGCAGGAGAGGCUGAAGAGGACGGAGAUGGUGAGCCGCCUCCGAGGCAUCAUCACCCAGCUGAGCGACUACCUGUCGGGCUGCGUGGACGAGGUGCCCUGGCCCCCGUCCCUCUACCCCGACCUGUACACCCCCGUGUCCCCGUCCUGGGCGCUGCACUGGACCUACCGGGACGGUCUGCUGGUCAACCUGCCCGUCAGCCUGCUGGUGGAGGGAGACAUCAUCGCGCUGAGACCGGGACAGGAGGCCUUCGUGUCCCUCAGGGGCAUCAAGAGCGACGAGCACAUCGUUUUGGAACCAGGAGACCUGUUCCCCCCGUUCUCCCCCCCUCCCUCCCCGCGGGCCAAUGAGAAGAGAAGCCCCCAGAGCCCCCAGCAGCACCGGCUGUUCCGGGUGGUCCGGACCCCGGUGCUGGAGCCGGUCAGGAACAGUCUGGACCUGGCGCUGUCCCGGCCCGUCACCGUGCUGGAUAACGAGCGCUUCCACGUGCAGUCGCUCAUCACCAAGAUGGUCUGCCCCGUCGUCGUGGGGGCGUUCCUGCUGGUCAACACGGUCCGGUUCUGCUGUGACGCCCCGGGCCUGACGCCGGCCGUCUUCCACUUCUUCCAGCUGCAGGUGAUGGGGGUCCUGCCCAUCCUGCCCCUGCUCUUCCCCGUCAUGUGGGUCCUGGUCAACGCCUUCGGGGAGGCCCGAGUCCUGGCCGAGUUCAGCCGAGCGUCGCCAGCUGGUCUGCUUGCUAAGUUCUCUGAGGACACUCUCAGCAGCUACACAGAGGUGGUGUCCUCUCAGGACAUGCUGCGCUGCGUCUGGAGGCACCUGGUGGGAAUCCUGAAGGGGGAAUCCCCCACGCUGUGUUACACGUCCAGCCUGCUGCACACGCUGGGAUCCGUCACCGUCCUGUGUUGUGUGGAUAAGCAGGGGAUCUUGUCGUGGCCGAACCCGAGCCCAGAGACGGUUCUGUUCUUCAGCGGCCGGGUGGAGCCCCCCCACAGCAGCGAGGACGACCUCCGCGACGACCUGUCCGUCAACUCGUACUGCCGGCUGGAGGCUGACGAGGACCGGGAGGAGGUGUGCGUGUUCCACAGCCAGGCUCAGGCCCAGGAGGCCGAGGCUCUGCUCCAGCUGGCUGCAGACCCCCCCACCCAGCAGGGGGCGCCGCCGGAGCCCGGAGACCUUCUGCAGGACACCACUCGCUCCCUGGAGACGCCGCGGGCCCGGCAGCCCGUUCUGCCCCCGCACCACCGCACCAAACACCACUCCGGCUCCAACGUCAGCUUCAGCCACGACACGGAGGGAGGAGAGGAGGACCAGAACUCGGCCCUGGGCUGCCCGGAGGCGGAGGCCGACGACUUUGUGUGCGACUACCACCUGGAGAUGCUGAGCCUGUCCCAGGACCAGCAGAACCCCACCAGCAUCCAGUUUGACGAGCAGAGCUGGCAGGGCCACCUGCCGUCGCUGAAGCCGCUGGGCCUCAACAUCAUGCUGAACCUGUGCAACGCCAGCGUCACGCAGCAGCUGUGCCGCUUCUCCGACCACCUGUCCCACCUGGCCCUGCAGGAGAGCCACGGCACCGUGCUGCCCGUGCACGUGCCCUGGGGGCUCUGCGAGCUCUCCAGGCUCAUCGGGUUCACGCCGGGGGCCCGGGAGCUGUUCCGACAGGAGAACCACCUGGUUCUGUACCAGCUUCCCUCCGGGGAGAAGACCAAGGAGUUCACCUCCCGCCACCUCCUCUACUCCAUCAAGCGCCAGCCGACCAUCUCCCACCUCAUCUCGCUGUUCGUACGAGACUCCUCCUCCAACCACGUCCAGAUGUUGUCUCACGGGUCAGCUGACCUCAUCCUGGAGGCGUGCACAGACUUCUGGGACGGCACCGACAUCUACCCGCUCUCCGGCUCGGACAGGAAGAAGGUGCUGGACUUCUACCAGCGGGCCUGCCUGUCCGGCUACUGCUCGGCCUUCGCCUACAAGCCCAUGCACGUGUCGGUGUCGGGCCAGCUGAACGGGAAGUGCGUGGAGCUGGCGCCGGGCCCGCUGCUGUUCUCGGGGCUGGACCUCCCCGCCACCACGCCCAUCAAGGCCGGGUCCUGCAGGAACAGCUGGAGUUCUGACGAGGGCAUCGGCGAGGCGGUGGAGCGGGACGACUGCGUGCAGGCGCUGAGCGGCCAGAUCUUCAUGGGGAUGGUGUCGUCCCAGUUCCAGGCCCGGCUGGACACGGUCCGGCUGAUCGACGCGCUGGUCAACGCCUGCAUCCGCUUCGUGUACUUCUCCAGGGAGGACGAGCUCCGCAGCAAGGUGUUUGCAGAGAAGAUGGGUCUGGAGACGGGCUGGAACUGUCACAUCUCUCUCACCCCCAACGGAGACGGGCCCUACGGUGGAGCCCCGUCCAGCCCGGGCCAGGGCUCGCUGCCGGACGAGCUGCACCAGGAUUCCCGGGACGAGGCGGAGGGGCCGCUGCUGCCCGAGGAGGAAGCUCACUCAGACCUGGCCAGCUUCCAGCCCACCGACAGUGACGUGCCCAGCUUCCUGGAGGACUGCAACAGAGCCAAGCUGCCUCGCGGGAUCCACCAGGUCCGUCCGCACCUGAAGAACAUCGACAACGUGCCUCUCCUGGUGCCGCUCUUCACCGACUGCACCCCCGACACCAUGUGUGAGAUGAUGAAGAUCAUGCAGGAGAACAGGGAGGUGACCUGCUGUCUGGGGAGUUCAGCAAACUUCCGCAACAGCCGUCUGUUCCUGCAGAGUGACCUGAGCCUUGCGCUGGACCCCCUGUACCCGUCCCAGUGCUCGUGGGAGACGUUCGGCUACGCCAGCAGAGGGCUGGACGGGGACAUGGAGGGCCUGUCCCCCACCCGGCUGUCGGGGCAGCUCAACAGCCUGGGCUGCUCCGUGUCCUUCCACCAGGGGGACAGCGUCAGCAUCGUGAAGCUCAUCGAGCAGGCGCGCCACACCACCUCCGGCAUCCGGAAGUGCUUCCUGUUCCUGCUGCAGUGCCAGCUCAGCCUGGUCAUCGUUCAGUUCCUGGCCUGCGCGGCUCAGCUGCCGCCCCCCCUGAACACCACCGACAUCCUGUGGGUGUCCUGCUUCAGCUGCCCGCUGCUCAGCGUGUCUCUGCUGGGGAAACCUCCGGACAGCUCCGUCAUGACGGUGGCCACGGGGAAGAACCUGGACUCCAUCCCAAAGAAAACUCAGAACUACUUCCUGGGCUGUUUCCUGCUGAAGUUCGGCCUGACGCUCUGUGCCUUCCUGCUGGCCUUCGGCUUCACCCUGCAGGCCGUCUGCUCCGCCAGCAAGAACGCCACCAUCGCCGAGAACGUCACCUGCAGCUCCCUGUUCAUAGCCAGCUCGUCCUCCGAGGCUCCUCAGUGGUUCCUGGAACUCUCCAACGGCCUGCUGCUCACGCAGAAACUCAUGGCCGGCUUCCUGGUGUUACACACGGUGGUGAUCUCUCUCAGCUACGUCCACCGCUCUCAGCCUCUGUGGAGGAAGAGUCCCUUCAGCAACACCUGGUGGUGCCUCACGGUGCCGGCCGUACUCCUGGGCCAGGUCGUCCAGGCGACCGUGGACUACCAGCUGUGGAGAGACGGCAGCAACCCGCUGAGCUUCAGCCUGAAGCAGGUCCCGCUGGAGUGCUGGCUGCUCGCCUCGCUGUCCCCCCUGCUGGUGGUGCUGGUGAACGAGGUGGUGAAGAUCCACGAGAUACGGGUCCGGGUCCGGUACCAGAAACGGCAGAAGCUGCAGUUUGAAACCAAGCUGGGGAUGAACUCUCCGUUCUGACGCCGUCCCGGCGGGAACCGCGUGUUUUUACCGGGGACUGGACUUUGGGGAGAGGCCGGAGUACCGAGUACCGCUGCUCGUCUUUUCUCUCCAGGACUGAUCACAGGAAGUGAGCAGAGCAGCUACUUCCUGUCUUGUUUUUCACUGUUCCAGCAUGUUCACCCGUGAGCUGGUCUGUCAACACAUCGGCACGUUUCCCCCUCCGACCGGAGCAGAACCUUCUACCCACCGGGUCGCUCAGCAGCUAAACAUGAGACGUGACGGAGGGGGAGGAGUCACUCUCGUCCAAUCACAGCCCGGCUCUGCCUCGUCCCGACAGGACGAGCCCACGCCGAACUUUUCACUCUCAGACGACUCAAAACUCACUGGACUUGAUGAGGUUGAUGUUUACGGGUGACAGGAAGUCCCGAGUUCUCCCGGUUCUGCUUCAUCCGGACUUCUCUCAGCACUGAAACACCUGAAUGUUCUUGAAUCACUUUCUUUGAUGUACGAGAUUUUUCUGAACCUUAAAUGAUCACUUCUUCCCCUUAUUAAGAUGCUUAAUGAAGGUAAAGGGUCCGU